GUCGAUCAGGCCGUUUCUGCUCCAUCUUACAAAGCUACGAAACGGCCUCGCGCGCGGCGAACUCGGUCAGGCCGACCCAAGGAGGCGCUUCCAAUCUGUUCCAAUACUUCGCCGCUCCGGUCGCUUUUGUGGUCAUAUUGUGCUCAUAGUCGUCAAACUUAAAAGCUUUAACUCAGCAUACAUUUGCGCAAGGCUAUGGCUAGGGCAAGCCCGGCGCUGGCUGCGGCUGACUAAAAGUGGAGAGACGCUUCCAGUUCCUGGCUCUUAAAUGGCCGGCCCCUGCAACGACAACAUAAGUGGCUCACACCUAACAGUUUUGCCACGGGGGGCCCUGCUCUCGAUUCUUGCGGAGAGCGGAAAUGCCAACUUUGAGGGGACCUGCAAGCCUCUGCGUGGUUUACUUGGGGAGCUGCUAGCUCAUCAACGUAAGCAACAUGACAGCCAGCUCUUUCCUCGCUUCCUCCUGUCCAGCCUGGGAGCCCAGUCUUGCGCGCGGCGCGCGUUCGCGGCUUGCCAGGCAAGCGGCCUACUGGCCGGACUACCGGAGUAUCGAUCAGACGCAUUGGUCUCGUCCGUGCUGGCUGGGCUUGUCGAGCUGGGCGCUGAGGUUGACUUGCAUGACGCCUUCCUCCUCAGUGCGGCCGCCAAGGCAGGGUAUGCCGGGGCGAUUGAGGUAUUGCUGUCCAAGCUGCGGUUCGGGCCCAGCACCUUUGCGCUCUCGCGCGCGCUGACAGCAGCGGCGCAGAACGGCCGUGCAAGAGCCGUGGCGACCCUGCUGCGCGCCGGGGCGCCGGCAGCGGCAUACAACCACGCCGCACUGGAGGCGGCUGCGCAGGGCGGGAAUCCGGAGGUGGUGUAUCGGCUGUGUGCGGCUGGCGCCGACCCCACCGCGGACGGCGGCGCCGCGCUGCGUGCCGCCGUGUGUGGCGGCCACACCGCCGCCGCGAGGGUGCUGCUGCAAUACGGCGCAGACGCCCGCGCCCGAUGCAGCGCCGCGCUGCUGCACGCCUGCGAGCUGCCGGCAGCGGCCGUGGCGGCGGUGGUGACGGCGGUGGCAAACCCGGCUCCUGAUGCAGCAGCCAAACAGCUCAAGGGCGCAGAUGUAGAGGGCCCCAUCUCUGCACACGAGGCGGCAGUGCUUGAGUUGGUGGCGCUGCUCCUGGCGACGGGCGCGGACGCGCGGGCGCACGGGCGCGCUAGCCUGGAGGCGGCGGCUGCCCGGGGCUACGAGCGGGUGGUGCGGCUGCUGCUGCGGGCGGGCGCGGACCCGGCGGCGUGCAACAGCUCGGCGCUGGUGGCGGCCAGUGUGCAGGGCCACGAGGGUGUGGUGGAUCUGCUGCUGGAGAGCGGCGCCGACCCCUGGGACAUGAGCAGCCUGGCACUGCGCACCGCCAGCGACCGGGGCUUCGGAGCACUGGUGGACAGGCUGAGAGCGGCGGCGGCGUCGCGGCGGCCCGCGCACAGCACGCACGACAGCCUCGCGGACUGCGACGGCGGCCACCACACCCCGAGCGUCAUGUCCGGGGCGUUUGCGCUGGGCCGCGGCAGCAGCGGCGAGCGCGUGUGCAGGAGCACGACCGCCAACGCCACAGCUGAGGCGCUCGCGAUGGCGAUGGCAACGGCGUCACGCCGCGGCGGCGGCGCUCCUGAGGCCGGCGGGUCCAGCCACGCACGCGCCGCGCACGGCAUCCUGCGCACGGCGCCCGGCCUCUCCAUGACCAGUGCCGGUCAGCAAUUCCUCAGCGGCGCCAACGCCAGCGCCAGUCACGCCGCGUACGCCUGCAGCGGUCGGCGGCCGCUGCCGCUGCGCGCCGCCAAGAGCGGCCGCCACUGGAACAUGGGCGACCCGUCCCGGGGCGGCGCCAGCGGUGCCAACCACGCCGCCUGCGGUACCGGCCACGGGCACGGCGCUGCGGGAAGCAGCAGCAGCGGGAGCCCCGCAGGUGCCGAGAGGAGCGGUGGGCGUGGCGGCGUGGCGACGCUCGCGGUCCCCAGCGGCUGGCGGCGGCACGCGGGCGACGGCGGCGGCAGCGCUGCCGGCAGCCCUAGCCAGUCAGUGGGCACCAACAUCGUGAGCACGACGCAGUACGGCGAGGGUAUUAGUACGGCAAUACUGAGUACGACGCACGCGUCUGCGUACGGCAGCAUGCUGCAGACUGUGAACGGUGCGGCGGUUUUGGCGCACUCGGGCACCGGAAACGCCGGUUGUACGGCGCCCAAGGGCGGCGGCUGGCCAGUCAGCCGUGGCGGCGGUGCCGUGCCUGUGGGGCUGGCGUUGGGCCAGGGGGUCGUGCUGGGGCCUAGCAUGCAGGACGCGUUUCGGUCUUUCUCGUAAAUUCAUCUCGAUGAUGUUUGCGCUACUUUUGCGCGUGCCGUGCCUUGACUUGUAUUGCUAUCGCGCGAUCCGAUAUGUGCAUUGCGAGAGGCAUACGGGGGACCGGGGAGGUGCGCGUGAGCCUGCAGUGCUUGUGCGCGCUCGUGGCAGGGUGGUCUGGCAUUUGGUCUGGUCGUCUGCUGGUGGCCGACCCCAGAAAGGGGCCACCAUUGGGGCUUUUCCGCACUGCAGAAUGGCAUGCGACUGAAUCCUGUCGCGAUACUCGACUGCUUGUGUUUGACUGUCAUGCCGGCGCGCGCCGGCACAGACUGAUUGAUAGGGUCUCACACAGAAGCAUCGUCGGUAACACAUGUCGUAUCCUGGGUUUGCGAUUAUGCUAAGUUGCCUUUCCUUACCGGUACUCGAACGCUCUGAGCCUGGGGCGCCCAGCAUGGACACCCAUGCAACAGUGAUACUGUGCACUGACGCUAUUCUGUGAACUGUCUAUCCGCUUUUAUUGGAGGGCCAGGGUCGCUCGCUAGCUGCAAUCGCUUGCAGCUAUGGCUUACGGCCAAGCUGACCCUGGAGCCCUGCUCUGCUCCGUACUACUUUCCAAUCACAAAAUUGUGCGACAUCUGGAGUGGUCUGGGCUCCACCCAUGACUGCUUGGAGGGAAGAACCAUCGCCGGUGCCCUGUGCUCGUCCACUUGUGUUCGCACAGGUGUUGGAAUUGCAAUGCACAUGUCCAGCUGUCCGUGUGCAUGUGCCAGUCAGAGGCAGGGUGGGAUUGCUGGACGAAGAAUGCUACGGUGUCAAAGGUGCUGUAUGCGCCGAGUGGUUUGUACAGCGCUGUAUACUUUGACUACUGGAUUGACAAGAGGCUGUCGUGGCAUCGGGUGAUAACCAGUACCCUUGCCUGCAUUAACAUGAUUAGCCGACCAUGGGUCCGAGCAAGCGAUUUGUACGACCGUGGGCUCUAAUGCGUCUGUCGUGAUUCCUACCCAGUGAUGGUGAAGAUUUAUGGAAACCAAUGCGCCUGGGCGCGAGGACGCCCGUGUCGGAUGGCUGUGGCUUGCCAUGCGUGUGGAGUGGAAGGAGUGGGGGUGGGAGGCCGCAGAAGUGGGCGAGUGGCUGUGUGAUCAGGCAGGAAGAAUGGGUGAGCGGCCAACAGCCGCGCAGUUUUGGUUGGUUUGGUUGGGAGCGAGAGCCACAGCAUGUGCCAUGUGUGUGUGUGUGUGUGUGUGUGUGUGUGUGUGUGUGUGUGUGUGCGUGCGUGCGUGCGUGCGUGCGUGUGCGCGUGCGCGUGAAAAUAUAGUAUGAUGUUGGUUCUGGGACAGCUCCGACUAACCCCCAACUACCGCGUGUACGGCACCCCAACACCCUCAGCCGUACAGGAGUUUGCUGUGGCAGUCGGCAGCUGCGCGAGUGGGAGCAGGCAGUUGCACGGCAGCCCGGCUCGGAAGCUACCUGACUGUAGGGAUGCACACGGGCAGUUGGUGCUGGUAGGCAGGCGCGCGAGUGGGAGUGGGCAAUUGAGGGCGCACGCGUGUGGGAAGCUGCGGCAGAGUACGGCGGAGCACGGUGGAGGCUGGUGGUUGGCGCGGCCCGCAAGUGGGAGUGCAUAGUUGUGAGCGCACCGUUGCGGAAGCUGAAUGUGAGCUGCGUGUAAACUCAGAGAGAC